AUGUCUCAAAGUCAAUUUCAACCAGGUUCAUCUACUAUUCCUACUAUGGAAUCUGCUGAUCAUCUUGUUGAACAAGUUCCCAUUGAUGAAGGUGAAGAUGAUGAAAUGCACGAUGAUGUCGAUUUGGAGAUUCUUGCCGAUAGACAUGAGAAUGAUAAAGAAGAAACGUUGGAAGAAACUAGGGAGGUUUAUAAAAAAAAAGUUGAGCUAAGACAUCAUAUGUGUGGCAAGGUUCUGUCUUUCACCAUUGAAUCUCAUUCUGAAGGGAUCAUUUCGAUUGCCAAUUAUCGGUACGAUCAUGCUAAGGAUGGAAUAAAGUAUUUGUGUAAUUCUGAAGCGCAUCUCAUUGAAUUUAGUAAGAUAAAAAAGCAACUCUCUUUAUCUCUGAAGAAGUUAUUUCUUGAUUGUCCAAUACGAUGGAAUAGAACUUAUAUGAUGUUAGCUUCAGCUUUACAGUUUAAAGAUAUGUAUAUUGAUGUUGGAUUUCUUUAUGUGCCGACUGAAUUUGAAUGGAGCCAAGUGGAAGAUGUUUGCCAAUUUUUAGGAGUUUUUCAUGACAUUACAAAUGUGAUUUAUGCGUCUGAAUAUCCAAAGGCUAAUAUUUUCUUCCCUAAGUUGUAUCGGAUUAAAGAGCUUCUUAAUGAGAAAUCCUCACAUCAUUCUUCUCAUAUGAGGUCUAUGGCAUUAAGAAUGAAAGAGAAGUUUGACAAGUAUUGGGGAGAAAGUAAUAUGUUGAUAUCUUUGGGUGCUAUUUUAGAUCCAAGAUAUAAAAUGGAACUUGUUGAUUUUGCUUUUCCAAUAAUUUAUGGUGAGGAUGAAGCUUCAACUUACGUGAGUGAGAUCAAGAAGAUUUUGUAUGAUCUUUAUGAUGAGUAUGUCACAAGCUACACUUCUAAAGAGAGGCCUACGAUUGUAUCGAAACGUAAAUAUUCUGAAAUUGGAGGGUCUUCGACUUCUAACUCUUUGGAAUUUAGUGGAGUUAGAAGUGAAGUUUUAACCGGAAAAGCAAAUUUUAACAUGCACAUGAUUAAGUCUAAUAAAGCUCCACCACAAAAUUCUGAUUUGGAUUUCUAUUUGAGUGAAAGUAGAUAUGAUUGCGAUGCCAAUGCAAACCUUGAUGUUUUGGGUUGGUGGAAAGGAGAAAGUUGA